CCUUCUAUGUAAAUAAAAUUGACCUCACGGGGUUAGGAGAAAUAUGACUUAAGUCGACUUUUAUGUUUUUGUUGUUGGUGUUGUUGUUUUUUUGUUUGUGUGCGUGAGAAACAACUUCCAAGUGACUGAAGACGACAGGUUACCAAAUGACUGUUUUCCCCACAUUGGGCACCAGGGGGCGCUACCGCCUCGCGAAAAAUAAAUGCUAACAACCACCGCGACACACCUGUUUCCUGUUCACGAGGCCCACAAGGAAGGAAUGAAGAGACUUGAAAUCAAAGUAGAAUCGAAAAUAAAUACUUCCUACUUCACCACACCACCCCAAAGUGAGCGUUAUCUUAUGAUGGAUUCUUCAGCCAGUCGAGUGGAAGCUGCGCGGCAGACGUGGACACGAGGCUGCCGGGUCACAACACUUCGCACCCAGACGAUCACGUGAACGCGCACGCACGCACGCGCGCACACGCGCAGGGGUGGAGGGGAGAAGAAUAAUAAGGAGGAGGAGGUGGUAAAUAAUGUGACAGGAUGUGGUUUCCCUGAGCUGGCAGAACAUCUGCGCGCACCAAGCGGGGACUUGGAGCGUUUUCACCCCGCGUGUGGAGGACUGUGUUCAGCCAAGGGGGAGACUGAGCUCGGAACCGACACUGCCUUAACCCGACCAUCCUUCGUCCACGCGUGGGAUGCUUCUCUCCGCGUGACGCACGCACGCUCUCUACUUUGAUCCACAGCGAGAGGGUUGACGGUACACCGAGCGGCAUCAUGGGCUGCGGACUACGUAAAAUGAAGCCCGCCUCGGAGGACAAGUCGCCGGGCAAGAUUUACUCUACACUGAAGAGACCUCAGGUCGAAACCAAGGUGGGCAUGGCCUACACCUACCGCUACCUGGACUUCCUCAUCGGCAAGGACGGCGGGACAUCCACGCUGCGUCUGUCAUCAGUGCGAGAGCUGCCAGAACAGUUGCAAGAUCUUUACCAGCAGGGUUUCCUCCUGGCGGCCAUCCACCCAUUCAUCCACCCCUGCGGCCCUGGCUCCAACAGCCCGCAACACCAACUCUACCGUGCCAUCCUGGUCCAGAUCAGCGAUGGGGUGGACAGGAGGCAGGCGGUGUGCCCGCCAUGCAGGCUGCAGCUGGAGCAGUGUCUGCCCGCAGAGCAGGUGGCAACCCCAGAGCUCAUCCAGGGAUACGUCAAGAAGCAGAUCCAGGACGCGGCCGACCAGGGCGUUACAUUCGUGGGCUUUGUGCAGGAACCCUACGGAGCACCCUGCACCAUGAUCCCAGAACCAGACACCCCCACGCUGUCCCUGCACUCUAGCCCCAGCUCCGUGCUCGGCUCUCUGGGCAGCUGCAGCCCCUCCGUCCCCUCCAGCCCUUCCUGCCACGGAGGUCCAGGAAAGGAGACAAACACGUGCAAAAACUCCGGGAAUCAAUCAGAGGCCCGAAGGGAAGUCUCGGUCACCUCAUCCCCAAUAUCAGAGGAGCUGACGGAGGAGGAGUCGCCGUGCCAUAACAACAACAAGGACAGCGCAACGGAUUCAAAGCAGAGGACCAGAUACCUGCAGAGAUCCUAUGGGGCUGAACUUCUGGCUUUGUAUAACCACCCGGGUGUGCGCGAGGGCGGUGUGGUAAAGUACUACACGGUCAAGGUACCGCUGCGGGUGCACGGCAGCGUCAACGGCGGCGGUGACGACAUCCGAGAGGUGGAGGCCAACUGGCUGGAUCACAUGACACAGCACUUUAACAAUGGAGCCUCGUUGGUCGACGGACACUUCCACCUGGGAAACAUUCAAGAUUUUCUUCACAAGUCGGUGGAAUGCGUCUUCGUGUUCCAGGAAGCGACCGAAGGCGAGGCCAACACGACCUACGACGCCAUUGUGGUGGAGCAGUGGACUGUCAUUGACGGUUUGCAGGUGAAGGCUGAUUAUGUUCCCCUGCUGCAGUCCUUAGCCAUGUACGGCUGGAGACUCACCUGUGUGCUGCCAACACCUGUCAUCAAGACCAACAGCGAUGGGAGUCUGGCAACCAAACAGAUUGUGUUCCUUCAGCGACCCGUCCUGGUCCGUAAGCGGAGGGAAUCCAAGAAACUGAUCUUCAAACCUCGUGGCAAGGCCAACAAGAACAGUAUCAAAAACAAAAAUAGGAAGCCCAAACCUAAACCGGAUAAAGACAUUAAGAUUCCCAAUUACAGGGAAAAGGUUGGAAAUGACGAAGAAGAGGGGAAGACCCGAGAGAGCAUGAAACCGAACGUGCAGGAUGGAAAAAUUGAAGACGAACGCGCCAUCAAGGUAGAAACUGGCCAAACGAAAGAGGAAGCAGCUGAAGUAGAAGAGCCAGAAAAGGAAAUGUCUGAACUUCACAAAGCAGGAUUGAUGGAGUCUUUGGAGAGGACAGACACCCAGGAAGUGAUAGAAACUGCUGCUGGGGUCGAAAACGAGGACAAGACCGCGGUCGAGCAGGAAGUUGAAGCUUUAGUGGAAAAUGGCGUGGAAAUGGAAGAUGAAAAUGAAUAUGAAGUAGACCAGAACCAAUGCAAGACUGAAGAAUUUGCCGUCCUAGACGUCACCGCCGGGGACAUGGUGGUAGAUUCGCAGCCCCCAACGAUGAAUGAAAUCCCACAAGAGUAGCCCAAAAUUGUGAAAACCCUACCUAUAAAACCUCAAACUCAAGAUAGGGUUCACACCGGCACAUUUUUGGAACUUGGAGCGUCAUAAGCUGCAACAACCUCUAAAACUAUCAUCUUUCGUCCACCAACUCUGCCGCAUAACCACACGUUGUGAAUGUACCAUGUAUCCUUGGAGGACCUGAAGGAACCAGAUGACGAUGAUAGGUCUACACCUAGAACUACAAUUUGCAGUCCGUUAGCUGGCCUGCAAACCCUCUGCAUUUGAAGGAAACGGGAGUGCUACAUGAUUGCUGUAUGUGGAAAACUGACAAUGUAUAUGGAUUACUUGUGGACUCUCGUUGAUCUCCGCUCGCUUUUGAAAAAAAAUAUCCAACAAGAUGACGAACCUAAAGUCAAAAGACAACGACAAAGAACACUGGCCAACCUCUAUUGUACUACUGACUGCCUAAAGACAGAAAAAACUGCUGAUUCGUUCAGUUCCACUUGAUUUGAAGUGUUGCUUUUGACGAGAGGGCCUACACUGGGGGAGGACUUUGUUUGCGACAGGCAAUCCAAAGUAGCGUCAAGAGAUCUUCGGAGCGAUACGACAAUGACGACUACACUCACCUUGCAUACAGAAUGUUCCGAAGAAGCGGAUGUGAAAUUCAUGGGAAUGUGAUGUAGGUUUUACCUUCCAGGAUGUAUUCCCAUUGAGUGUUUCUCAUCUGCCAAAAAAAAAAAAAAAAGUCUGUUGUACCUGUGAGCUAAAGAUUAGCAUUAUUUACAUUUGUGGUGUCCUUGCUGUGGGCGUGAUUUCAAAUACAAGGAGUCCUCGGUUUACAACCAAGUUAAGUGGCUCCAUAACAUUCUGUGAAUAUUUCAUUCUCAGGACAUUGAAUCGAUCGCAACUUGACUGGUCUGUUUGUCUUAGAAGACGUUUUGCCUUGGAUCCGAGCAGGCUUCAUCAGUUCAUGCAACAAGGCUUAGUUAGGACGCACUGGCCAGUGUUUGUGUGAAAGACUCAAAUAUUUAUGCUCCAACUUAGAGCCUCUAAAGUCCAGUUGCGAACGAUUAAAUGCCCUGAGAAUGGCUACAUAACACACAUUUGUAUGAAAGUCAGAAAACGUCCUGGUCUAUCACUAACCUAAAAUCAUAACUACAGUAAAUAUUAGUAAGAAAAAGAAUUCUACGCCAUGAAUAUAGAGUGUGAGCCCUGUAUAUGCACUGGAAAAGGCAGUGCUACACCCUGUGAGGAAAUACCUUAAUAUGAAAAUAGGAAAGUAGAGGAGCAGUAUUUACUGCCUUUUAAAAUCACUGUGAAUACCCUGGUCUUAAAUCAUUUUUGAGGUGUAUCCCCCCCCCGCUCUUAAAUUGAGGUCAAAUUGUAAAUUGUGUUUCACUUAAGAUGUUCUACCGUAAUACACAGCAUCCUUGGUUUACAACAACGUUUUGCUCUUACAGUGGCAAUGUAACCCGAUUUUGUACCAAAAGGUCUAUCACUAACCUACGCUAACACAGUAGUAAAGUCAGAAUUACAUUAAAAAUCUGUAUGAAGGCGGCACGGUGGACGACUGGUUAGAGCGUCUGCCUCACAGUUCUGAGGACCCGGGUUCAAUCCCCGGCCCCGCCUGUGUGGAGUUUGCACGUUCUCCCCGUGCCUGCGUGAGUUUUCUCCGGGAACUCCGGUUUCCUCCCACAUCCCAAAAACAUGCGUGAAUUGACAACUCUAAAUUGCCCGUAGGUGUGACUGUGAGUGCGACUGGUUGUUUGUUUGUAUGUGCCCUGCGAUUGGCUGGCGACCAGUUCAGGGUGUACCCCGCCUCCUGCCCGAUGACAGCUGGGAUAGGCUCCAGCACGCCCGCGAGGGACCCUCGUGAGGAGAAGCGGCUCAGAAAUAGAAAAUGGAUCUGUAUGAAAUACACUUGUGAGCCGUAAUUAUAUAAAAAAAUCAAAUGCAAAACAGUAAGUAUGGCGCUAAUUGACGUAUUAUCAUGCCGCUGCACAAACUAGUUCAUUGCACGCCAUUCUUAAACC